UUACAGCUGGUACUCGGUAAUGGCAAGGAACAACAGAAAAAUGUGAAGUGCAAUCCUUCUCAUGAGAGAGCCACCAGUGGAGGACAAAGUGUGUGCUUGGACUGGUCUGCGUAUGGUAUUGACCCUGCAGUACGAAUGUACAGUAUGUACACUGUACAUGUACAUUGUACAAGUGACAUAUUUUCCUCUGAAUGUGCACAAACUCAUUAGCAUCUUUCCAUGGGGUUGAGGGCACACAGAGGUAAUACUCUUCAAGAUGUCCUUCGUAUCUGUCUCUAUCUUUGAGAGGAUGCUAAAGCACAUGUGACCCAACUUUAUUUGGCAAUUUGUCCGCAUGUGAAGAAAUGUGCGAGACGCUGUGCGAUGUGGUCAACAGCACAAAGAACAAUGGAUAUGGGCCCGCCUUAGGGCUGGAAUUUGCCAGAGCCGCAGUUGCCAAACAAUUCUCGAUUCCAGAGUCGCCACUUACGUCAAAGGACGUGGUGCUGGCCUGCGGAUGUUCUGGUGCCAUAGAGAUAGCUCUCCUGGUGCUUGCCAACCCUGGGGACAAUGUGCUGGUCCCCUUGCCUGGUUUCUCCAUCUAUCGCACUCUGGCUGGGUCCUACCAGUUUGAACCCAGGGGUUAUAAGCUGCUGCCGGAGAAGUCUUGGGAGGCAGAUUUAGAGCACAUGGAGUCCUUGAUCGAUGACAAGACAGCUUGCAUCGUAAUCAACAGCCCCUCCAACCCGUGCGGGGGAGUCUUCACGAAGGAACAUCUUGAAGAUAUCUGCAGGAUUGCUGAGAAAUAUCAGCUGCCCAUCCUGGCUGAUGAGAUCUAUGCUGAGAUGGUGUUUCCAGGCCACUCUUUCCAUCCGGUUGCCUCUGUUGCCAAGAGUGUCCCAGUACUGACGUGCGGUGGACUUGCCAAAAGGUAUCUUGUCCCAGGCUGGAGGUUAGGCUGGAUCCUGAUCCAUGACCCCACGGAUGCCUUCAAGGAUGAGGUUCGGCAGGGUCUGAUGAACCUGGCCACACGUAUCCUUGGUCCUUGCACUCUCAUCCAGGCUGCACUACCUAAGAUCUUCUCAGACACUCCCAAGGAGUUUUACACCAAAAGUAUGAAAGUGUUCCAGGAAAAUGCAGAGAUGAUUUAUGACGCUCUGUCACAUACUCCCGGUCUGUUUCCGGUCAUGCCAUGUGGAGCCAUGUAUUUCAUGUUCGGUAUAGACAUGGAUAAGUUUGAUGGCUUCAGCAGUGACAUGGAGUUUGUGACCAGGCUGGUGGAGGAGGAAUCUGUCUUCUGUCUCCCUGGAAAGUGUUUUGAGUACCCAAACUUUGUGAGGAUCGUCACAUCUCUGCCCAAAGAAAAAACAGUGAUUGCCAUGGACCGGAUCAAAGAUUUUUGUGCAAGGCACUAUCGCGGAAAAGUGCAGGGAAAUGGAGUUAAGUAGUAAUGCAGAACAUUAGGAGGAUGACCUUUCAAACUGCAAGAAACAGUUUAAAUUUCCUGUGCUUGGAAAAGAUAUGUAUAGUUAUCAUGUAGCCCCACAACUCAACUUAUAUUUCUAUUUUUGUGAGAUGAGUUUCCUUGAGGAGAGAAAGUGAAAGUUGAUCUGUUAACAUGAGCAAAAGCAAAUAUUGCGUCAGGUGCUUUAUUUGGUUGAAAUUUGUGCUGAAACAUAGAGAAGGUUUCAGCAUGCAUACUCGACUAACAGCUCUCUGUUGGUGUUGCUCAUAUACUUGUAUAUCCUGGCAAGAGUUUGAACAGACAUCCAAAUGCUAAGCUCACAGUUCAUUUUUUGUUUCAAAAAAAGGAAUGGAAGACCAAUACAAGAAUCUUUCAACUGAAUACCAAAAGCUUUUUAUAAAAGUUAUUAAUGAGAGAAUAAAUAUGUGCAUGGCCGGUCUUAAACGUGUAUUUAAGACUGGCUAUCAGCAUUCAGUCUCCUGAGCU